GGUGUGUACAGUAUGGUCGGGUUCUUUGGAUGCUUUCUGAAGAUUUCCUGAGAUCCACAUGUCGCUCUUGUUUUUAGUGUGUUACCUACGAUUUAUUCCAUCCAUUGGCAGUCGGUAAUACAGAUACAGUUUGUAGCAAUCUCUUCUGUACGGUUACUGAGGUUACAAGUUUUUGAGGCAGGGUAUGAAUACAUAUUCCUUUUUGCCUAUAAGUACUUAGUUUGCUUAAUGUUUCUAAACGGUGCAGCCGUUUCUGUGGAACAUAGUGUUCUAUAGUAGAGAUAAAUAUAAGAUUUUAUUCAUUAUCGAUCAGUGAUUUUUUGAGUGCUUCAAUCGGUUGAGACACUGGCCAACCGAUGUGUUAGAAACGCUAUAUCGCCCUAGACGUUUCGCUGAAUAUCACCUCAAAUUCCCCAAAGUUUGCAGUGAUUUGCCGAAUUGGAGUGAACAAGCUGGAGCAAUCGACCAACUAAGUUACAUACUCAACUGUAUUUAGACUACAGACGUUAUUUGUAGUAUAAGACGGCUGUCGAAAGUGUCAUACAAUACAGAAUGGUUAUGUUAUUUUUUGGCAUUGCUUUUUUAUACUGGACUGAGUUUUUAUCAAACCUUUACAUCACUAAUUUAAUUUGUCGGUGUAUGGUAUGUGCCUAUCUAUGUAUAUUUGUGCUAUCUUUUCUGUAACAUUUUGAAUCAUUUCUCUCGAUAUAGGAAUUAAGAUAGAAUAACCAUGUAUUGGUCUGUUGUAAGCUGUAACGAUGUACUCAUAAGGACACUAAAUUCUGAAGAUCAUUUUCGAAUUGAAAUAUGAGCAAAGAUCAUAAACCACGCGUUCGCAAACGAGCAACACAUAUUGUAACUGAUUCGAGGCCACGGCAUAAUUACGGAAGUGAGAAACCACUGUUUGUCUAUUCAUGUAUCUGUGGUCAAAUGUCACUGAUAAUUGACUGUCUAGUUGAGAAACUACCAAGGCGUCCUAGAGAUGACGCUAGAGUUAUUGAUGGAUCUAAACGUGCUCAUAAAACAACAGCUACGGCUGUUAAUCCACUCACUCCAAUUUAUAUACGUUGGCCAAAUGGAAUAGAGAAGCAGUUCCGCAGGUAUUGCAAAAGCUGUGGAUUACCAAUCUUUUAUCGUCACAGUGCAGAAAAUUCAACGACUGAAUUUAUUAUAAAGAAUGCAUUAAAACUUCAAGAUGAUCAAGCUGCAUUAUCUGCAUCUAUGUUAUGUCCGAAACGACCAACUGCUGCGAAGCAUAUUGAUGAAAGCUCUGCUAAUGCCAGAUUACUCGAAGCAUUAGCUGCUGAAGCGGCUGCCCUACAGCAAAGUGAAGCCUCGAAUAACGCCCCAUUGCGUCGAAGUGUUCAACAACAAGAAACUACUCAAGGCAUUGAUACCGCUGUCACUGUUUCUACUAUUGAAGAUGAAGAAGAGGAAGCCGAAGCAAAAGAAAUAGCAGAUUCGUAUGCAGCCAAUGCUCGUGUCAUUGAACAAGAAAUGAUUCGACGUGGCAUCAUAAAACGCCGUUUGGUUGAUGAGGCCAAUGAAGAGGCUCAACAAAGGCGAAUUCGAGGGACGUUAAUUGAAAAGCAAUAAUUCUUUCCAUAAAGAACAAAAAAUUACUACGAAUCUAUGGUUGAUUUUUUAUAUCUGUAAAUACGAAAUUAUGUUAUUUGGUGGUUUUCUUUAGCUUCAGAACCAAAAUAUUUCUUAAUAACUACAAUCUUUUUCAAUUAAUUAAUACUGAUUUUUAAAAAAGUGUAUUUUCCCAGUCAAGUCAUUUGUUCUCAAUAAAAAUUUAUCCAUCGAGUCAAUCAAAAAUGUACGCUGUAUGAAUACG